AUGGCUGGAAAAUGGGCCUGUGAUGGGUGCCACAAAAGAAAGAUCCAAUGUGAUCGCACAUCGCCGAGGACUCCCUGUGACUGGUGCGAGCACCAUAACCUUCUGUGCACCUUCUCCAGGGCUAGGAGAGGAAAGACACGGAUGCUUGCCAGCCGUAAUGUCCAUUCUCGAACUGUUUCGAUGAUUACUGGCACCCUGCCCAGCAACGGCCCCCAACCCCUUGUCCCCAACGAGCAGCUGAACAGUCUCGACGCCACCAUCUUUCCCAUCAUCCAAAACGACGCCACGUGGCAGGGCAACGUGCCUCAUCGAGACAUCCUCACAACAAGCCAUGAACAACCAUCCAUCACACCAGUACCUCAAGCUCACCAAGCCUCUCGGCAACUCUACUACGGCGGUUGCCACCUUGGACAAAUAAGUCUUGACAAAGGUAUACCGCAGUUCUCCGAGGAAGGUCGCAGGUGGAUCCUUUCAAAGGCUGGAGACAACUUCAAGUCAGAAACAUUCCAACGGCCAUCAACACUCCAUAGCCCCGUCACACACUCCCAGGGUUAUUCAGGGGCUUCCCUACUUCCGUCUCGACACACAACCCACCAAGUCAUUGCCGCAUAUUUGAGUUCUACAUUCAAGUUUGCCUUUCCCUUCGUCGACGGCACCUUGUUCAACGAGACCAUUGUCCUGGCCUAUGAGGGCCUGAACGUUACAGCAUCACUCGAACAUCUAAGUGCUAGGUGCUGUUUCCUGGCCUUUCUCUCCAUCAUUGAUUAUUUUAGAGGACCGAAUGAUUUUCCGGAUAUCGAUCCUGAAGCAUGCUCCAUGGAAGCGCACCAUCUGCUUGCAGAAGUAUUGCUAGAUACCAACCUCAUGGGCAUACAAACUAUACUGAUGCUGCAACUGCACGACGUACACCUGGGCCGGAUGCCGACUGCUGCUAUCCUCAACGGGGUUGCCUGUAGAAUGGUAAUAACGAUGGGGGGUCACAUUGAUGUCCCCAGCCUACCCGAUCAUGGCGAAGCUUCCCGAGAAGAGCGUGAGAGAUGCCAUCUACGAGCUCUUUUUUGGAUUUGUUACCUCUUCGACAAAGAGAUCGCUCUAAGAAGUGGCCAGCCACCAUUCCUGACCGACUCUUCUUGCGAUCUCACACCACCAGACAGAGGCAUGACUCAUUUCUUUACCGAUGGUACAGGCGAGGGUCUCAUCCCAUAUCUCUUUGGAGAUAUAGGCUUGAGUCUACUCAAGGGCAAGGCAAACCACCAGCUUUACUCGGUCUACGCGAGCCGGAAGACAGACGCCGAACUCCUGCGCGAUAUCCGCGAGCUUGAUGAACAACUCGAGGAAUGGCGUUCUUCAAUGCCGUCGCAUAUUCGUCCCUCACUGUCCAUGUCUCGAUCGUCACUUCCGUCACUCCAAGACACCGAUAUGGCGCAUAGAAUGCAUACUACCCUUGUGCAUCUCGACUAUUUCUACCUGCUCAUCACUAUUCAUCAUGCUAGUGGAAGAUGCACUACGAUGAGCCCCAUGCAGGCGCAUAGGGAAGGAUCUAGUGCUGCUGCUCUCGACUCCAGUCUUGCCCUCUGCCUGGAAGCAAGCCGUUCUACUAUUGUUUACCUCAAAGCAACAAUUUCCUGCUUAGCGACCGAAACGUUCUGGACCGUCCAAUUCUACCCCAUGGUCGCGAUCAUCACACUCUUUCUCAACAUACUCAUAAAUCCCCUCGAUGGCCAAGCUCAGAAAGACUUGGAACUUCUUGCUUCAGCUGCAGACAUCUUUCGCCUGAUGCCCGCGCGCCAUUACACGCCUCAACGACAUGACCAAGUCCAGAUACUCGAGAGUUUUGUGACUGAACUCGCUCGGUUGGGGCGUUGCGCUGUGUAUAAGAAGGAGGCGGAGCUUGGUGGCCGAUGA